AUGACUCAGGAGCAAGCCUCCAACAUGGAGGUCCAGGACAAGUGGGUCAAAAACCCACCUAGCAGACCACUGACAAAACCAGAAAUGGAUCGCACCGUGAAAGCAGCUGGGAAGAUCCUCGGUGUCCCCCUCCCCUCUCUAUUGGACAUUUAUCACUCCCGCCUCACCCGCAGAGCCACCAGGAUCGCAGGUGACCCCACUCACCCCGCCAACAAUGUCUUCACCUUGCUGCCGUCCGGGAGGAGGCUGCAGAGUCUCCGGGCCAGAACCAGUGUACACAUCCUACAGUUUAUGGGUUGCUGUGAGAUGGAUGACUACAAAAGUCAGCCUUUUAGUUUCGUACGGGCUGGUUUUAAUGGAGAAGACCUUAUGACAUUUGAUAUCAAUAGCUCGGCAUGGAUUCCUCAAAGUGAUCAAGCGGUCUCAAUUAAACAGAGAUUGGACCUUGACAAAGAAUUUACCAAACUGGCUCAUUACAUUUUCACCAUAGAAUGCCCAAUAGUGCUGAGUGAGUUCCUAAAAAUUUGGGCACAUCAACACACAGUUCUUCCUAAAGUGUAUCUCCUCCAGAAGACCCCCUCCUCUCCAGUGAGCUGUCAUGCUACAGGUUUCUACCCAGAGAGCGCUGAGAUGUUCUGGAGGAGGAGUGAAGAGGAGAUUCAUGAAGGUGUAGAACAUGGAGAGAUCCUCCCAAACCAUGAUGAAACAUUCCAGAUGGAGACUGUGCUGAAUGUCUCAUUAUUUCCACUCAAAGAUUGGGGGAAAUACGACUGUGUCUUUCAGCUCUAUGGUGUCAGCAACGACAUCAUCAUCCCUCUGGAUAAGACAAUUAUUAAAACCAAUCAGCGUAAGUGA